AUCGAGACACUUGUUGUCAAGGUUGUUAUUUGUACAAUGCUUCUGUCGUUUCUGUAAAAGUCAACGCAACUGUCAUUGUCAAGUCAACUGUCACGAAAUUUAACAAUCCUUUUCCACUCGCAAAAAUGGCGGAUCAGACCGAAAGGGCCUUCCAAAAGCAGGCGACCGUAUUUCUCGCUCGCAAAGACGGAGCCAAGAAAAAACUCAGGCAUUCUCGCAGCGUUGGGCUAGGGUUUAAAACACCUCGUGAGGCCAUUGAAGGAUCGUACAUCGACAAGAAAUGCCCAUUCACCGGGAACGUUUCUAUUCGUGGUCGAAUCCUUACCGGAGUAGUGCAGAAGAUGAAGAUGCAGCGCACCAUUGUCAUCCGUAGAGAUUACUUGCACUACAUCAGGAAAUAUAAUAGAUUCGAGAAGAGGCAUCGCAAUAUGUCUGUUCAUCUUUCACCUUGCUUUAGGGAUGUUGAAAUCGGUGAUGUGGUUACAAUCGGCGAAUGCAGACCCCUUUCGAAGACAGUCAGAUUCAAUGUACUGAAAGUGACGAAAGGGAGCAGUUCGAAGAAGAGUUUCAGGAAGUUUUAAGAUAAUUUGAUAAUUGUAACUGAAAUAAAAGUCUUUAUAAAGAAUA